CUUCAGUUUCAUUUUGAACGUUGUACGCCGAGAACCUACAGGUGCUGACGAUCUCGCUUCCGUUAGCCUAGGCUUCUUCGACGUGAAGCCACAAGAACGCGUGUGAAUCUAAGAUUGAAUCUUGAAAAAUAUUAUUUAAUUGCCAAGUCCGAAAGCUACCAAAUGUACGAGAAUAUAAAAUAAUAAUAACAUUCAGUGAACGUGAAAAAAAUUUCACUGGCGGAGUUCAGAUAAAAAAAGUUUAUAUCUUAAUUCGUCCAUACACCAUACAUAUGAUAUGUUAAAUGGCUAAAAGUAAAUUAAAAUGAAACAGCUGCUGACGAAAUUGAUAAUCUAAAACAUAAAAAAAUAAAGAUAAUCAAAACAAAUUAUAUCACUAAUACAACAAAACCGAAAAUUGAGAUACCGCAACCAAACAGUUUAUAUAGGAUAUAGUAAACAAUAAAUUGCUUUAUAUUGCGGGCAAAAAUUGUCAACAUCAAUCAUGUUUCUUACUCCAAUAUGGAACGGGUUUCUAAAUCGAAAGACCUUUUUAUUCCAACUAUCUCGGCUUUGUGACUUGAUACCGUUUUUAGUAAUUUUUAUUUUGGCUCAACCUUGUGUAACGAACGCGCAAAUUGAUAGAACAGUCAGUGAACUGGAAACUAAGUCAGUGAUCCUCACUUGUCCCGUUAAUGAAGCAAAAUGUGGAAAACUACAUUCUUUAAACUGGUUCAAAGGAGAAGACCGUAUUGCUGCAAUGCUCUUGGGGGAAACAAACGUUAUGAACGUAAAUGAGAAAUACCAAAACAGGGUAACUGUUGUGCUAAAUCCGUAUAGGCUAAUUAUUAAUGACUUACAAAUUGGAGAUGAAGACAUUUAUCUUUGUGAUACAACAUUUUUCAUACCAGAAGAAAGCUGCGAUAACUUCAAUGGGUACCGAAUUGAACUACGAGUCUUAGUGCCACCAUCGGAAGUUAUAAUAUUGGAUGCGAAGGGCGACCGAAUUGAGAAUGGCAAUACAGUGGGUCCAAUGCAGGAGCGUCAGUCCCUCAAAGCAACUUGUACUGUAAAAAAUACACGUCCUCAGCCAGAAGUGGGUUGGUUUCGUGGAUCCAAGCGACUGACAACAUAUUCACCUACGCAUGACAUUAAAGACGGUCUUUUCACAUCAACACUAGAAUUGGAUUGGUCAUUAUCACGUGAAGAUCUGGCCCAAGAAAUAGAAUGCCGAGUGAAGUCGGCAGCUAUGCCAGAAACUAUUGUUAAAAAAUUUAGUAUAAACUUGCAAGUACGCCCAACAAGCAUUGAAAUGAAUGGUGUUGAGCAUCAUACAGUGCAAGGAAGCAAAGUGAUUUUAACUUGUGAUAUUCAUGGAGCUCGGCCACCAGUAAACCUUACUUGGUAUAACGUUACAACCCCCAUAACAACAGAAGAAAAUAUUCUUACCGAGAUUCGUACUAAAGCAUUUGAAAAAAACGACGGUACAUAUCAUACCCAGUCUGAACUAAUUUUCAAUGCGACUCGUUUUGAGAAUGACCGCGUAUUUCGCUGUGAGGCAGAAAAUAUAGUGAUACAAAUAAAUCGAGAAAAGCCAAUAUCGUCGGCACUCACAUUAGAAGUCUUGUAUCCUCCAGUCGUCAAAGUCAGCCCACCUGAGGUGGUCACCAAUACAAGUGAAAUAGUGUUACUUAAUUGUGAAUAUGUGGCAAACCCAGCAUCGUUAACCAAUGUUGUAUGGUAUCGGAAUAAUGAAGUUGUGAACGUUAACAAUACAGAUCGUUACCAGGGGGGUAAUUCCGAGAACGUGGCUCUUGUUAUUAAGUCUACCGAAAAAGACGAUACGGGAAAUUAUUCCUGUCAGUUAUCAAAUUCUAUUGGAAAAGGAGUUUCUGAACAAGAAAUUAAUCUGGAUGUGCAGUAUGUUCCUAUUGUGGAGGUUGUUAUGAUUCCCGAAGGCCCUGUUAAGGAGAGCGACGAAUCAAAUGUUACCCUCUUUUGCAAUAUAAUUGGCGCUAACCCAUCCCUUCUUACCAAAGUGAGAUGGUACGCCAAUUCAACUCUACUUAAGGAACUUCCCGACUGCGAAGAAACUAAUGAAGAUCUUUGCCAUAUUGAUCCAAGUAAAUUAUUAUUGGAAAGCAUAGGACGAGGUUUUUUCUACAAUUAUUCUUGCGAGGGAUUGAACGCUGCUGGCUGGGGACCACGAAGUGAAGAUAAGGAGCUUAUGGUACAUUAUGAACCGGGACCUGCUUCACUUUCUAAUUUUCCCCUAAUCGCUGUAAAAAAAAAAAGCGUUGUAUUAACUUGUUCCGUGGAUGAUCCUGGGUAUCCAGAUUCAAAUAGGUUUGUAACUACGCAAGCCGUCCAGAAUAACAAUAAAAAGGCAAUAUCAUACCCCAUACUUAUUACUUACCAUACAGUAAAAGCGUUAAAGUCUAAUGAAGCCGACAUUGCUUUAGAAUCAUUUUUGUUGCAAAAAAUGCCGCAAAAAUUAAGUACUCCAUCGGAAAAUUCAUCACAAACAAUACUAUCAAGUGAAUCCAGUCCAUUCAAUGAAAUUAAAGAAACACAUGCUUUAAUUGACUUUAAUUACAAUAAUUCACCAUGUACAUUACUCACGCUCACUACAUACACAAAAAAAUUACAACUUGUAGUCCUUUACACAGGAUUACAAUCAAAUCUCGUAUCAUCCACCUACGCUCUCUAUCGUAAAAUGGGAAAAUUUACAUUCAAUGCUCAAAUGAUUUCAAAACCUAACAGAUAUCGUUGGCUACGUGGAGGACGUGGUCCGUUACAGGACGUUGUUACAAAAGAUUGGACAGUGGAACCAGUAGGACUUGACAGUCGUACCAACUAUUCUUGCUAUGCUUACAACGAAGGUGGUAGGGGAAUUAUGGCCACAGUUAACCUUAAGGUGCAUGCACCACCAUUUUUUAUAAAAAACUUGCCGCCAUACACUGGAAUCCUGCACUCUUCGACGAAUGCAAAUUUAACCUGUCGUAUUGAAUGUGUUCCAAGAUGUGAAAUAUCAUGGUUAAAGGGUGGGAUCCCUAUUGAGAAGAAUAAUACUAAAUAUUUUGUAAAAGAAAAAUAUAUGGAAUCAUCGCCGGCAACUGGAGAUUUUGAAAGCAUGCUAUCCGUUUUGCAUUUUAAUAUGUCCAAUUGGCCGCAACAAAAAUUUGAUAUUGAGGCCGACAAUGACAACUAUACAUGCCUAUCAACUUCCAAUUCGGUGGGGCCGAGUGUUAAGAGCUCCACCUACUUCAGUAUCGAAUAUUCACCAAUUAAUACGACCGUUUCGGAGGAAAACGUUUAUAUAGAAGAGGAUACUAAACCGGAACGUAUUUUCUGCAAUGCCAGAGCUAAUCCAGAGCCUUCCUACAAAUGGAUUUUUAAAAACGAAACAAUAGCUAACGGAAAUUUCCUUACUUUCGAUUUCGGAUUACGACGAAACCAAAAUGGUAUAUAUAGCUGUAUGGCUUAUAACAAACAUGGAAAUGAUUUAGCACACACAGUAAUAACCGUACAGUUUAAGCCAGAUUGUAACAUUAAAAGGGAGAAUAUAAAUGGUCAGGAUACUCUAGUUUGUACUGCAUUUGGAAAACCUUCUGAAGCUGAUUUUUCUUGGUCAAUUAAAGGUGAAAACGAAACCAUCGAAAAUUUGGGUAGUGGCUACCCAAAUGAUCUUUCGGAUAAAAGCUUUUACGUUUUAAAAGCUGAUUAUGGUAUCACAAGGACGUAUAGAUGUCUAGCAAACAACACGGUUGGGUCAGGAACGUUUUGUGAAAUUGAAGUCGACGUGAGACCCAAAAAGCAACUGGCUUGGUGGCAACGAUGGGAAGAAAACACUCUUGUUAUACUUUUAACUGGAAUUUUGGUUUUAUUACUAAUAGUGGUAAUAAUAUGUUGCAUCAUUAUUUAUGUAUGCCGUCGUCGACGUCGUCAAGAUAAAUUACACGACAAAUCAUCUUCUAUGGGAGAACCACUGACGGAACCUUGCGAGUAUGAAAACCUACCGUUUCAUGGUCUGCAAACGGCGCCAAACAAGUUGUACAAUACUCCUACGAGUUUAAAUAACAACGUAAAUGUGAUAUGUGGCGGGUCACAAUCCAAGAAAGUCAAUAAAGAUUACAACCCAGUUUUAAACAGUGACCCACAUUUGCAAAAAAAAACCCCACUAGGACAACCAAUAUCCCCUUCAACGUUUUCAGUGGAAUGUACAGCAUCUAAAGGUCCACGUCAAGGAAAAAGUCAAAAUGUGUCCAAUUUCUCUCUAGAACCUAACUUAAACUUGCAAAUCUGUGUUUCCAAGAUAAACACCUCAAAUGCCACAAAAAAUCAUCACCAUCAAGAAUUUGGAAAUACCCUAAAUGUUAAAACAAAAAAAUUAAACAACAAAUCAUCAAAACUUUACUCAUCAAUUGACAAAGUACAUAAUCAUCCCACUGAUGUGAAAAAGAUACCUCUCGAAACUUCAGUUUCGAGUAACAAUCCAUGUCAUGCUGCCAAUAGCGUUCAUAAAUACGAUAAUGGUAUACAAAAUAUUCGAGAAAAAACCAACAAAAGCAAUUUUAACGUGGAAAAAGAGUUUCAGUUGCUGAAAUCUUCUGAAGAAAUCCAAUUUAAAACAAAAUAUGUUGGUGAUUCAAAGACGUGUUUCACGGAAUCUCUUUCCGUCGAAGGCGUUGGCAUUUUACCCAAAUGCCAAAAGCACUACCCUUUCAUGAGCAAUAGAAAUGGCAAUAUAUAUUCCAGUAGACAGUCGAUUCAUCUACACGAUUUACAUUGCGGAAAUUUAGGUGAGAAACGGUUAGAGAAUCCUGAUGAAUGCGUGAGUGGCAUAGGGAUACAAAAGAAUAUAAAAUACAUGGGUAAUGCACACUUGCACUCAAAUUCAAAAGAAAAAAAAUAUAUAUAUCCCAAAAAAUUAAGUCCCGAAAUUAAAUGCGGCGCUGUAGAAACUGAUGCAAACCUUCAAUUCCUUAAACCGGAAAGUUACAUGAUUUACCGAAGUGACUCUGGAAUAUCUAACAGUUCACAAGAAUCUCAAAUGCAACCAUCUUUACCUCCAUUGCGCCGAAGCAAAUACACAAAAAUUCAACUUGAGAAUUCGCCUACAAGCUAUAAAAAUCGAAAGAUUGUUCAUAAGCCCGAAUGUGGAAAGAGUCAUCAUCAAAACUACUUGGAUGAAAUAGGCUCAAAAGGGUUUGGAAAUAAGGAUUUUGACUCAAUUUCGUCACCUGAAAAAAAUAACCCAAAACAAUUUGAAAGACCAUCUAAGAACUCCAAAGAAGAAAAUUACUACCACCAAAAAAAAAUUACCCGUCAAAGUGCAACACCUGUUUUUAAAUUUUGGAAAGAAACGAAUUUCGUCAACCCAAAUGGUCAGUUAAAUUGUAAAGUAUCAGGAACCCUUGUGGAAUCACGGCAACACAGGAAUACAAUUCCACACCAAAACGAGAGAACGAAAUUUCGAAAAUUUUUUGAAUACAACGACAUCUGUAUCCGCAAAAAAUUAAGAAGGAAAUACAGAAGACUUACCAUUUGUGAUCCAUACACACUAACACAGUUACAAAAAUUAAAAAAAUCAUCGGAGAAAAUUAGAAGCACUGGAAACUCUUUAAUAACUAACAGCAGUAAGAUCGAAACCAUUGAUAAUAAAGAUCAUUGUAAAAUAAUGUUACCCCGUGAAAGACUUCAAACAAAUCUGAUAAUUCCUUUCUUAUCUAUAGACAAUUUGCAGUCAAUUCCGAAAGAGUCUAUAACAAAAAAUGUAUCUGAGCUUAAUCUUGAUGGGGCUUAUGAUUGCAUGGUGGUGCGACGGCCAAUAAGAUUACCAUUGCGUAAGCAUCAUACUUUUCACUUUCAAAACGUUCAGACUGCUAAUGGAAAAUUACAAGAGUUGAGAAAAAAAUUGUAUCAAAACCGACAAAAAAUGAUUGUGGAACGUAGAGACGACCCGCUGACCAAUCGAUCGAUGAAUCUGAAUGAAAAUAAUGGAUUUAUGCCAAUUUCCCCAACUCCAACUGAACCCAUUACUACUCAUCUCUCAUAACAUAAAAACCUAUAGCUUUAUGAUAUAGACAUAGAAUUGAAAGCCAGUUACUUAAAAAUGGAACAAAAAAACUAAUUGUAUUCACAAUCUUACCAUUUCCUUUCGAAAGGAAUUUCUUCUUAGCCAAAUAAGUAAUAUUAGGACUUCCGCAAAAGAAUUGAAGAUUACUGAAUUAUUUUAAGCUAAUACAGACACAUCAAGAUGCAAGUUAAAAUUUUUAUUGAAGUUUAUUAGACUUCCUUAUACAGAAUCCUUCUUUUAAAAUUUGCUGCAUUUCGCUCAUUUGUUUCAUGCAUGUAAAACUAAUUAUCUUUAAUAAAAAACAUAUAUUAAUAAAACAUUAUUUUUAUUUUUAAAGCAC